GGUGUGUCGGUUGCACCAGCCCCCGCCAUGGCAGCGGCGGAGGGAAAAGACCCGCUGGGGUUUUUCGCCGCUUACGGGAGCGACAGCAGCUCGAGUGCCGGCUCGGAUUCCGAGGGCGAGGAAGGGUCUGGGCCGGGCCGGGAGGCCAAGUCCACGCAGCCGCCGCCGCCGAGGGGGAUCCCCGAGGGGAAUCCGCGUUUGCCCGGGCCCGACGAGCUCUUUCGCAGCGUCAACCGGCCUUCCUUCCUCUAUAACCCGCUGCACAAGGAGAUCGAUUGGGAAAGCCGGGUCUUGCGAGCUCCUGAGGAGCCUCCUAAGGAAUUCAAGGCAUGGACAACAAAUGCUGUGCCACCCCCUGAGACUUAUAGUGUCAAAGAAACAAAGCCUCCACCUCCUCCUGAACUUGAUAUGGCAAUCAAAUGGUCUAAUAUGUAUGAAGAUAAUGGUGAUGAUGCUCCAAAGCAUGCAAACAAGAUUAACUUCUUACCAGAAGAAGAGCAAGAGCAAGUAGAAUCGGCUGAAGAUGAUGAAAAAGAUGAACCAACUUCAUUUAAAAAACGCAAGCUAGAUCCUGAAGAACAGACAAAGAAAAAGAAGCAGCGAUGAAUUAAACGAAAUCUGACUUCUGAAGCUUUGGUAUUGAACAUGUUGGACAUCUGUUGGACGUCACUACUGGAGUAAGAGAACAAAAAACAAAAACAAACCCAGCUUCUCCAAUAAUAUAGCACACUUAAGGAUUCUGUAAUUUUGAUGAUACCUUUAUUAUACUGGAAAUUGUAGGAUGGUUGGUAUUGUUGUAUAUGUCAUACCUAUUAACCCAAAAUGUUUAAAUUAGAAACCUUUUAAAAGGAAGCACAACUUCUUAGAAUAUUAUGCUAAAUAUUUGUGCUUAUGCGGACUAUGAAGCUUCAAAGUAUUCUGUUCAUCCGUGAAACUGAUAAAUGUGAGAAUUGUUUACUAAACCACCAUUGUGAUAGAAGUUUUUUUAAGCAACACCCCCCCCCCCCCCAAGAAAUUACAUUUUUAUAGAGGAAGUUUUGAACAAUGCAUUGUGGUGAUGGUGAUACUAUUUUGAAAUAUAUGUAAAGUAUGUAAAUAAGUCACUGAAAUAAACUAUAUGUUUGAAA